CUAAAUAAAAACUUUCUCUUGAUGGAAAAUAGAUAACUGAAAAGGAACAUACCUUCAGACGAUGGAUGCCCUUGUGCAGAAUCGGAAGAACAGUGGUCGAAGGAGGUUCGAUUUCCUGCGAUUACAGAAUGAAAGCGGGGAACUUUUGGCUAAUAUUGAACCAAUGAAAGGCUUCUUAGCAUGCGAUUUCAACAGGUUAAAAAAUUAGGGCUUUUUUUAGAUUAAGAUGCAAAUUGCUUGAAAUCAGGCGGAAUACUUUCUCCUUAUUCAAUUAUGAGGUCAUAACACUUCUUUAUGUAUGUGUAAAAAUAAAUCCUAAAUAUUUCUCUAAAAAUUUUUAGUUCCCGCUAGUGUAAUUUCAUUUUUGGGUUUCAAACUUCCCGCUUGUGUAAUUCAAUUUUUAAAGGGGAUAAGGAGAAGAGUCUGAUGUGAUUAGGGAUGAUAUACGUUUUUUUGUUUGAUAUUAGAUACAAAUUUUUCUAUUUUGUGAAUUAGUCACUAAUCUGUUAGUUUUAAUUUUGCUCAAAAGAGAGAUGUGUGUAUGAAAAUUGCGAAGGGUAGAAACUUUGCUAAAUCUGAGUAAAUUCAUGAAUGCCAUCAAUUCUGAAUUCACUGUUUGACCAAAAGUAAACAACCUUUAUGUUUUUUUAAAAACUUUUUUAGGGGGUAGUAUAAUAGAAACAAUUAACGACGUGGUUCUCUACAUACCUUCAACACCCUUUUUCUCAAUCUUCAAAAUACCCAAAACCCAUUUUGGCUCCAAAUCAAUGAUUUGACCAAAAGUCAACAUCUUUAUAUGUAUUUUUUUAAUCCUUUUGCUUACAUGUCAACUUCUAUUCCAAGGCAUAAAAGUGGCGCGUGUCUUCAAAUGGAGCCAGUGACAUGGUAUACAUUUUAUCAUUUCUACUCCAAUGGAUCGAUUUUCAAUAUUCAUGUUUCCUUCAAACAUGUCUAAAUUUCUGUUACAUGGUUGUACACAAGGUCUGCGUGACCUCUUCUGUCUGCGAGGCGCAGACCACGCGCAGACAUAAUGGUUUGCAGUCUGUUUGUUUUUCUGAAGUGCGCAGACAUAAAAACGUCUGCGCGAGGUCUUCACCACACAGAUAUGGGAUAGCAUCUUCUAAAGUCUGCAAGCCCUUUAACCUAAAAAAAACGCGUCUUUUUUUUUUUUGCUUCCGCCUCCAGUCCUCGUCCAACCCUCCCAGAAAAAACCCUCGAUCGAUCGAUCGAUCGUACUCCACCUUGCAGCGACCACCACCGUCGCAACCCUCCUCUCCGAUCAAAACCAUCGAUCGCCGCCUUCCUCUCCGAUCCGGCGUCCUCCGAUUUUCCGACCAUCACAGUCGAUUGCAGCAGCCGGCGAACAGCAAGGUCACAACGACAACUUCAACUAGCGACCAAGCGACGACUCCUCCCCUGCUCGCCGCCGUUAACCAGCGCCUCCCCUGUGAAGCCACCGGCCGGAGACCGUCGCCCCCACAGCUACACCGGAGACUUCGACCUCACAGCUACAGAGAUGGGAGAAAAACAACAAUGGACCAAUGAGCACUUAAAAUGCUUAUUGGAUACUUGUAUUGAAGAAGUAGAGAGUGUUGGUAGAAAAGGAUUGAGUUUGCAGAAAAUGGAUAAGGCUUGGAAGAGUUCUUAAGGAGAAAUUUGGGGUUGAGUUGACUCAAAAACAAAUGAAAAACGCAUAUGACAAUCUGAAAGCCAAAUACACUGGAUGGGUAUAUUUAAAAAACAAAACCGGUAAUAUAUACAAUUCUCAAACAAACACUUUUAAUUUAACAGCCGAGGAGUGGGAUGAUUUUAAGAAGGGGCAUCUGAAAGCUGCUUCUUUGAGAAUAAUUCCACUGCCUUUUCCAGAUCUUUGUGUACGUCUUUUUGAUGGAAAUAGUGCUACUGGUAAUUUUAGGAGUUACUCAACCCAAUCAUCAUCAGUAGCUGGCGCAUCCUCCUGUCGUGUUCCACCACUUCAGAUCACCGUCACCCCUUUUGAUGCAAUGGAUGAUGAUGGUGUUGACACUUCUCAUCAUGAGCCACCACCUUCUGCUGCUUCACCUUCUGCUGGUUCACCUUCUGCUGCUUCACCUUCUGCUGGUUCACCAUAUACUACUACACCAUCCGGUAACCCCAACAAAAGGGCUAAACCCUCAACUCCUGUAGCUCCUAGUGCCUCACCGUCUGCUUCUUCACCUGAUGGAACUUCUGUUACUGUUGACGAUUUAGCAUUUGAAAUGAAGAAAGCUCUACAAAGUUUGACUAAAGGGUAUACAAUUCCUCAGUGUUUAGAGAAGUUAGAGGUCCUUCAGUUAGGCCCUACAGAUCCUUUACGCUUUGUCGCAUAUCAUAUUUUUGGAGGAACCAUGAACAUGAGAGAGAUGUGGAUGCAUUUGCCCGAUGUUCCCGAGAUAUUACGAGGGUGGCUUGAGAUGACGGGUACCAGUUUAGGAGUUUUGAAGGAUGGGAAGAUUGUUCGAUGAUUUUCUAGUGUUGAAAGUAUUUGUUAUGUCUUUUUGCCCUUGUUGGAACUACUUUGUUAAAUGUUUUUGCCUUUGUUGGAACUAUUUUGUUAGGACUUUUUGCCCUUGUUGGAACUACUUUGUUAAAUGUUUUUGCCUUUGUUGGAACUAUUUUGUUAGGUCUUUUUGCCCUUGUUGGUACUUGAAAUAUGAUUAAUGGAAUGUUUAUUUGAUACUUGAAAUAUGGUUUAUGUAAUGUUAUUUUGGCUUGAAA